CAGCAUUUGACAGAGAGAUGGUGAAAGCGGCCCACAGAGGAAGACCAGAGACGUGGGAUCCCAACGGAAUCAAGUAUACACCAGGAAUGUUCCGGAACAUAGAAAUAGACAACCACAUCAUUCAGAAACAAAUAGAGGCACUGAAAGCAGGAGUGACUGGUAAAAAUCCCAAAGAAGGGGAAAGUAAAAAAAAUUAAGCACAUGGAUCUCUGCGAAUAUUGAAUUGAAUAAAGACGGUUCGACAGAAAGAGAGGGAGUAUCAACGUGCGGGUGGCUAAUAAGGCCAGCCCUGUCACAUUUGAUUCUACAUGGCCUUGGAAAGCACGAUCUAGAAUGAUGACUCUUGGAUGAAAACAAUCGAAUGGAAGUAGCCCUCAAGAAGAUAAAGAGAGGAGCCAGUAAUAGAUCAUCGAAUCGAAAAUAACAUCGCAGAAGAUCAGUAGGAGAGAAGCUUCCACGGACGCAGAAAUGAUCCGAACAAGCAGAUCUGAGUUGCUAAUCAGACUGAAGGCAUAGAGGCUCAAACGAACAUGAAAUAAAAUUGGAUCGAUUAAGAAGUAUUGAAACAAGGAGAUCAGGAGUGGUGAAGCAAAGGAUAGGACGCAGAAUAGGGCGGAACUAGAUGAGUGAAGAAACGAAUUGAACUGCAAAUAGGUAAGACAGAUAGGUAGGUAGAAAAAGAGAAAAAAAAAAACACAUGACGGAUCUCGUGAUAGCGGAAAGGGGUACGGAGCGAAGAGCAAAGCAACAAGGGAGCAGCAGCGGAGGUAGCUGCAGACGCAGGGAUGGAGGAACAAGUCCUUGCAAGUGUGCACGACGCACUCGCAAAAGGACGAAGUGCAUAAGCAUGUGCGAGGGUAAGCAGCAUGCAAAAACGAAGUAGGAAGCAGAAAUCGGUCCAGAGAGAAAAAAGAAAGGACAAAAACAAAAAAAAAAAAAAAAGGAAAAAGGGGGGAUGGCAAACCCCAGGGAAAGUUAAAAUAAGACAUACACUCAAGUUAAUCCCCUUUGAAACAAAACCAAAAAAUCAGCAAGUACCGCAGCACUGGGCCGUCUA